UGGUAUCGGGUGCUGGUAGUUCGCAAGUGCAUCCUCAAUCGUGGUAUUUUAAAACAACAGCAACCAAACGCACGUAGAGCAAUGGAGAGUUGUAGAGUGUUGAUGUUGGUGUUGUUGGCGGCACUGGUUGGAAAUGGUUCGGCGCUGCUUUGCCGAAAUUGUGUCAGUUCGUCGAGCUUCGACCAUUGCGAGACGAUGGGUCAGGUGGUGCAAUGUAAUGCUUCUAUCGUCAAUGCAAACCACGCGACUUUCUACCCAGACAAUCCAACCCUGGCGGAAGGCAACGGGACGGAGUUCAAGUGCUACCGGAUACAGGUUAACCGCUUGUUCGCGAAUGGAACCGCUACCAAUCUGCACAGCUUCGCUCGUGGAUGUACUUUCAAUACUACGAAUUUCUGCGCCGGCUGGGUAUCCAGCCUGAAUGUAACCGGUUGUGGCACGUGUAUGACGGACAACUGCGAUCAGAAUCCGGUUGGCCCCGUAACAACCACUUUGGCGCCAGGAGUAACGACAACCCUUGCGCCGGGAGUAACGACAACUCUUGCGCCGGGAGUAACGACAACCCUUGCGCCGGGGGUAACGACAACCACCACCAAAAAGCCCUCGAGCGGGGCUGCUAGCGUUUUGCAACUCGGUACAGCCACUUUAACCAUCGUGAGCAUCCUUGUCCUCUUAGCAGUAAGAUAAACAACAAACUAGGGAUAGCAAUUAAGUGGGAGGAAUUGUUAAUGUCGGCUAAGGCAAUAAAAGGUGACGACUGAUAAGAAAAUGGAUGAAAAACAAGAAAGACUUUUGAGCGACACACCAAUGUACAUGCAUCACAUUACGUUCGUUUUUUUUUUUACGUAAGCAAACAGUACACUCAAGAAAUUGCAAAUGACCUGUUCAUUUUAUUUCAUGAUCGAAAGCAAUCAAACCACAUGAUAAAGUAUUUAGUAAAGUUUACUAUUAGUGAUCAGUUUUGCAACACAUCAGUCAAUGAAAUAAAUUAAAUAUAACAUAAUAAGAAAAGGGAGGUUUACAGAUUUUAAAAGCAAGUUCAUUUGGUAAAAUUACCAUUCUGCCCUAAACGCCUCGACACUACGUUGAAAUUUAACAGCAUAAACAAGAUAAAUCGUUUUUGGACACUGAUCUAAAAUCAAUACUUUUUGGAUCCCGGUUAUAUUAUGCAACUAGUAAUAAAGUAAUAAA